GAGAUCUGUGCGGGGCAAAGGGAAGGGUAAAGCGGCUGUGUGUGUGUAUGAGUCUGGAGGAGACUGAGUGGGGUGAGGGGAUUGCGCUCCGUAGGGUGACCCCCCCCCCUCCCGGAAAUCCAUCCUGCGGCAGAGGUAUGGAGAACCUGAUGGCCGGCUCAUCCCUACCCCCACUGUUUGCAGAUGAUGAUGGCUCAAAGGAGAGUAGUGAUAUGCCCACAACUGGGUUAGCCCACUCUGAGGGGUCAUACAGUGGAGGAGCUUCGCAGUCUGUGAACAACCCAGACUUUGUGGAGGACUUGUCACAAGUUCAGUUGCUGCAAAAUGAGUCUUCUAAUACAGCUGAAAGCAGCGAGCAGAGACUUGAAGAAGAGCAAAGAACUAAACGAGGAGGCUGGUCCAAAGGGAGAAAGAGGAAGAAACCCCUUAGGGACAGCAAUGCCCCGAAAUCCCCCCUCACAGGGUAUGUGCGAUUCAUGAAUGAGCGUAGGGAACAGCUUCGAGCGAAGAUGCCUGAAGUUCCUUUCCCAGAGAUCACCAGGAUGCUGGGCAAUGAGUGGAGUAAGCUGCCUCCUGAGGAGAAACGGCGCUACCUUGAUGAAGCAGACAGAGAUAAGGAACGGUACAUGCGGGAACUGGAGCAGUACCAGAAGACAGAGGCCUACAAAGUCUUUAGCAGGAAAGCACAGGACAGGCAGAAAGGCAAAUCACAUCGGCAAGAUGGAACGCGACAGACUGCCCAUGACCAUGAGAAAGAAGCAGACACGAAGCAGAGGUCUGUUUUUGAUAUCCCAAUCUUCACAGAAGAGUUCCUGAAUCACAGCAAAGCACGGGAAGCAGAGCUGCGCCAGCUGCGUAAAUCCAACAUGGAGUUUGAGGAGAGGAAUGCUGCCCUGCAGAAGCACGUGGAGAGUAUGCGCACUGCUGUGGAGAAGUUGGAGGUGGAUGUGAUCCAGGAGCGCAGCCGGAACACAGUGCUGCAGCAGCAUCUGGAGACCUUACGGCAAGCACUCACCAGCAGCUUUGCCGGAGUCCCACUACCAGGCAGUGGGGAGACCCCCACAAUGGACACCAUUGACUCGUACAUGAACAGACUGCACAGUAUUAUUCUGGCUAACCCACAGGAGAAUGAGAAUCUCAUAGCCACAGUCCGAGAGGUUGUAAACCGGCUUGAUCGCUAGUGACUUGGGGUUUCCAAGGGAUGGCAGCUCACUCCCUGUUGGUCUCCUGGCCUAGGGGUGUCUUACAAAAGUGAUUCAGCCAGUGAGGAAUGAAAAGCCAUGGUGGAAACAGACUGGAGGUGGGAGGCAGGACUUCAGGAUCUGUCCUGGUCCCUGCCUAAGCAGCUUGCCUAUGGGGCAAACUGUUUAAUGAAUUAAAAGCUCCUAUGAAGCCACAGGCACCAGCCACUGAACAUUUGAACUGUCCUCCAUGUAAAGCUUUCAGAGCAUGUGACUACUGUACAAUCAUCAGUUUUCCAUCAUUUCAGCUGGGUGGGGAGAUACCCACACACUCUGUGGACUGGACAACAAUGGAGGUGAAUCUGCUUCCAGUCUGUGUAGUGGAGGCAGCCUUCGUGUUGUGGUAAUAGAGCUUUGAAAUGUUAUGUUGCUUUGUAUCUCUUCAUCCUUUCUGUGGGGUUUCCUUCUCCCUUUCCAGUUCUCCUUUUGUCCUUUUCUUGUUAGUUGAUGUUUGCUGCAAUGUAUAGCAACACCUGUAUUCUUUGCUAUGAUAGACACAGCCUUCUUUACUACCCCGCCUGUGGUGUCUUCAGUGCAAGCUUCUCUUUUUUGUGCUAGGUUGCAUCUCGUACAACGAGGUUCCUUCCUGCUGGUAUUGGCUGUGGCUGGCGCUUCAUGACUGAGUGGCGCCGAAGGAAGGGCUCUCUCUUUUCCCCCUCCCAGCUCCUCUUUCCAAGCAUCUCUGCUGCACAUAUACAGUGUCCUGCUUCUCAGCAAGAUUCCGCUGUUCCUAUCUAUUGAAAAUGUCUGGUGCAGCAUUUUACUGCUGAAAAGGUCAGCGGUAAUCAAGAGAGAAAGUGAAAGGCUGGCUUCUCUCAGCCAGCAGGAAAAGUGCAAAACUUUAUUUUAGACUAAAAUAAAACACGUCGCUUUUCUGUCCUCUGA